AUGGGGAGGGUGUUGUAUACGCUCCGCUCCAACGAUGCCAACAUCCGAUUACGGGAGGAGCAAGAAAGUGCUUUGUUAUAUUUGAUAGAAAAAAAGGGUGAUUUAUUAGUCAAUUUACCUGUAGGUUUUGGAAAGAGUUUAAUUUUUCAUCUCUUGCCGCAGGCCUUAGGAGCCAAUAAGUCUUCCCCUGUUGUGAUUGUCAUUUCCCCACUUAACAUCAUUCAUAAAGAUCAAAUAGAACAACUUAAAAGUCAUGGUAUUUCAGCAUGUAGGCUGAAUAUUUGCUCCAAAGUGGAGGAGACAACAGACGAAAGUCAUGAAAUGGGUCAAUUUGACCUCGAAACAAACGUCGACUUAAAAAACGUAGCAAACGGUCAGUUCUCUGUGGUGUUGUGUCACCCAGAGGCCCUCCUAAAUACUAGGAAAGGAUAUUCCUUAUUGAUUGAUCCAGUUUUCAGGGAUAAUGUAGUUUCUGUUGUGAUCGAUGAGUGUCACAUAAUUGAAAAAUGGGGAGAUGAAUUUAGAACUGCCUACAAAAAACUGGGAACCCUCAAGGUAUUCUUCCCCGAUGUUCCCUUUGUGGGGCUUAGUGGAACCCUGACUAAAGAACAAAAACAAGCUAUUCCAAAACAACUCUGUUUAGAGAACUUUAAAGUCAUUGAAACAUCACCAGAUAGACCUAACAUUUUUCUUGAGAAAGAGCAAAAACAGUCUGGUACAGAUGUUCUUUGUCAGUAUGAACUAAUUAUUCAUAAAGUGUGUGAUGAGCUUUAUGAGAAGCAAGAAUCAUAUCCUGUCACGUUACUUUUUGUGCCCAUAUUUUAUAUGAGUGAAGCACUGAGAUACCUAAACAGUAUUUUUGGAGUGCAAAACAUUUACAGUUCCAUUUACAGUGCCUUAUGUACUGGACAAGAUAAGGAGGUCAUUGAUGCAACAAUUGAUGAAUUAAAAAAAGAACAUCCAAGAAUCCGUCUAGUGUCGAGCACCUCCAUAUCGGGAAUGGGUUUUGACCCAAGUAAUGUCACUCAAGUGAUCCACACCUGUCCCCCUAGAGAUCUCUCUCAAUACUUCCAGGAGGUGGGAAGAGCUGGCCGCCGAGGACAGCCAGCACGAGCAAUCUUAUACUACAGUAAACGUGACAUUGCUCGCAAUUUACCUGGAAUUCAUGAAAAUAUAAUCGGUUACUGCAGAAAUAACUCAAAUUGUUUAAGAAAUCAGCUUUUGUCUGCUUUUGGUUUUACAAAAGAUGAAACAAUCACUGGUUGUAAAUGUUGUUCUCACUGCAAGUUACAAUGCAAAUGUACAAUGUGUAACACUGAUGUCUGA